AUGCUCCUCUUCUGGAACUUCACAGCGCUGGCAGGUACUGGUUUGCCCGGCUUGGGGCUCUGCUCUCUUGAUCAGCUGUAAACACUGCUGACCCAGUGGAACUUGCAGUAUAGCGUGUUGGUCCUGCGCACGCUCUCGUUUACCAGUGAUCAGGUGGGAGUCGGCAAGCAGUAGCGAGGAGGGGUGGCAGAGGUCGCUGGCGAAGCACGCACGCCCGUGCAUUGCCUGCGCGGCAUAUACGCAGCCAGUACCACGACCGUCACCUCGCUCCCUCUGGAGGGCGCUGUCAUGCUACAAGCACCGCACAGAGUCCUCGCGGCACGUGGAAGAGAUCACUCUUGUCACUUAGCUCAGCUACAUACGCUAUCUACCUCUCUUCAUGGCGGGACCGAUUUUGCCCUUCAACGCGUGCGUGUCCUACCGGCAUUUUCCAGCACGAACCACUGUGCGCAUGGCUGUCUGGCGGAACGAAGUUCACUUUUAGGGCUACGCGAUCAUGCUGGCAACGCUCAUUCACUAGGUGCCUGUCAUGGCUAUUCUUCUGAUCCCCACUGCGUCAUCCACUGAGAGGACGGUUGCUAAUGUGUCUGCCGCGGGUGUGGGUGCAGCGGAAAGGGAUGCGCUGGCGCACACUGGCGGUUCCCUGGCGACCACUAAGAUAAGCAUGAAAGCUGACAAUCUACUGCACUCUAUGGACAACACGACGACUGCAGUCACCACCAGUGCAGGAGCCGCAGUUACCCUCUCGGUGCUGGAGCUGAUGGAGUUUACAGACAGGGCGUCUCCUUUCUCACAAUGGCCUUCCCUUUGUGUCCAGCUCGACGCCAUUUGGCGCUUCUUCCGCGUCCUCGCGCUGAAGGACGGCUUCAACCCGCCAGGGGACAAGCCGCGUUUCUUGAUCAACACAGUGAACAUCCAAGGCUUGUGGAGUAACUGGCACGCCUCCUUCAACCUGUGGAUCGUGCAGUACAUGUACAUCCUGAUCGGCGGCAGUGACACCAAGUUUCUCUGCACCAGACUUACCUUCUUCAUCAUCGCCAUCUAGCAUGACAUCGAGCUGCGUCUGCUCCUCUGGGUCAUGUUCACCAGCAUCCUACUGAUACCUGCGAUUACCGCCACACUCUUCUCCUCCAAGCACCCGCUGGUGGUGCGAGUCAAGCGCUCGCAGCUCCUGUGGCAGUAUCUGCGCGAACUCGGGAUGCAGCUAGCGUUGAUAGAGUUCAUUAUUGCCAAUCUGGUCUGCUUGUCUGUGGCUACGUCCCGCGCGGAGUCGGUCAUUCAGCAACAGUUUUUCGAAGUGCCGUUGAUGCCUAUGAUGGUCACAUUGUACGUGUUCCUGUGCAAGGCGAGCACCGCCAUCCAAGACUGACCAGGAAGCGUACGAGCACCACCAAGUGAAAAUCAAGUUCUAUCUUCAGUAGCCCACCUUAG